CCGACCGCAUCGCUGACCUCCUCGAGUCCUCCUCCCACCUCCCCCGCUUCUACUCCGACCGCCCCCUCCACACCCUCGCCCUCCCCCGCCUCUCCCGCCUCCGCCGCCUCGACUUCAUCCGGUGCGCCCUCCUGUCCCAGAUCUCCGACCCCACGUCCCUCAAAUCAGAGGGCUUCUUCACCCGGAUCCUCUUCCACUACGCCUCCGGCCUCCUCGACGAUGCCGUCCGCCUCUUCCACCAGAUCCCCAACCCCACCCAGCUCUCCUUCUGCGCCCUCCUCACCGCCCUCCUCAACAACAGGGGGUUUGUUGGAUCAGCAAUUUAAUCAGCUCCUAAUACUGGAAGAGGACGGGGGUGAAUUCCUUGUUGAGGUGAUUAAGCUGUUUUGUGAUGAUUCUAAGAGGAUGAUCUCAGAGCUGAGCAGCUUGAUAGAUCAGCCAGUUGUGGACUUCCAGAACGUGGGUUCUUUCGUUCAUCAGCUGAAAGGGAGCAGCUCAAGGUAAUUGUCUCCAAUCUGAAUGGAUUCAGUUGUUGAUACUUAUGGAAUACCAUAUAGAAUUUAGAGGUUUUUUCCUUCUCCUUUUUUUCUUCGACUUCCAUUGCAAUUUUCCCCAAAAAAAUCAUUUUAAUUAUGUAGCUUUUUUCGUUAAUGUUGAUGCUUAGCAUCUUGUGUUAUUAUGAUUUAAGUUCUUUAAGAUUGUUGAUAAUUGCCUUUAGAUAGAAUUGUUACCGUUGUGUCUAAUUUUCUACAUUUAGCAUACUUUUGUCACCUUUAUCUUUAUAUUUAUAUAUCUUUCAAUUAGGUCAAUUUUUGCCCCUUUUGGUUAUGAACCUUUAUUUUAGUUGUGUUACCUAAAUUGUUUUAUUUAAUAUUUUUAUGUCGAGGUUUGUC